CAUCAACAGGCAAACCAUACACUAUCCAGAAACUUCAACUGCCAUUACCAAACAAACAAAACCCCAGAAAACUGAAAAACCUUAAAUCCCCAAACUCAAAAAUCUCACAACUCAAAAAACUUCAAUAAUCUUGUCUCCUGUCCAUUAACAUGUCCAUAACCUCACCCCAUUUCAAAUUCAAUCUUUCAAUUUCUCAAAACCCCCAUCAACCAUUUCUACUUACAUCACAUAUCAAAUCAUCUUCUUCUUCAACAAUCUUCAAAUCCUCAAGAACAAGAAGAUUUCAAACUCCACAUCCUUCGUAUUCGAUAAACCCGAAACUACGUCCAGUUGUCACAAGGGUCAGCAACAGUAGCGGCAGUGGUGGCCCAUUUGAUGAUGCAACUUCACAAAAAGUUUCUGAUUUUGAGGCUAGUAGGUCCGGGGAUAGCUAUGUCGGCUUGUUUAUUAGAAUGCUCGGGUUAGACAACGAUCCGCUCGACAGAGAACAAGCAGUUGAUGCAUUAUGGAAAUACUCUUUGGGCGGAAAAAAGUGUAUCGACGAGAUUAUGAAAUUUCGCGGUUCCGUAUUCCUCACCAUAAAUCUUUUGAAAUCAGAAUCUAGCGUUGCGUGUGAAGCAGCUGCAGGCCUUUUACGGCAGAUAUCAUCAGUUAACAUUUACAGAGAUUUGGUAGCGGAAAGUGGUGCUAUAGAAGAAAUCACUAGUCUCCUUACACGACCAUCAUUGACUUUUGAGGUAAAGGAGCAAAGUUUAUGUGUGUUAUCGAACUUGUCGGUCGAGGAGAGAUUUCGGCUUCAGAUUGCGAACUCCGAUCUCCUGCUUUUACUUAUUAAGUUAUUGGAUGAUGACGAAAUGAAAGUUAAGGAGGCUGCCGGUAGUGUUUUGGCUAAUUUAGCGUUGAGUGAUAGUAAUCACAAAACCAUGGUUGAAGCAGGCGUUAUUCCGCCACUGGCAAAAUUUCUACGGACCGACACCGAAGCAUCUAAAGUCAUUAGAAAAGAAGCACAAAGUGCGUUACUGGAACUCGCAAAAGACGACUAUUACAAAAUCCUUUUAAUCGAAGAAGGUUUAGUUGUAGUUCCGUUAGUCGGUGCAGCCGCAUACAAAUCAUUCAAACCAUCGUUACACUCAUGGCCUUCAUUACCUGAUGGCUCCGAGCUAAACGUGAAACAGACAUCAAAGGGUCCGUCAAGGUUCGGUGCAUCGGAAUUACUCGUAGGGUUACACGUUGAAGACGAUAAAAAUACAAAACUAGAAGAAGCAAAAAAGAAUGCAAUAGUUGGUAGAACACAACAACAGUUUCUCGCACGUAUCGGAGCUAUAGAAUUAGAAGACGGGAGUAAUAAUAAUCAAACGGGAAAUCGGAAAUUUACGAUUUUGCCAUGGGUUGACGGUGUAGCGCGUUUGGUUUUGAUUCUCGAGUUAGAAGAUGAAUCGGCUAUUGCAAAAGCGGCAGAGGCUAUUGCGGAUGCUUCAGUUAGUGAGCAUAUGAGGACUUCGUUUAAGGAAGCGGGUGCCGUCAAGAAUCUUGUUCGGCUUCUUGAUUAUGACAGCGAACCCGUUCGAUUAGGCGUUGUUCGCGCUUUAGAAAGGCUUUCAGUCAGCAAUGAUGUUUGCCAGAAAAUUCAAGCUGAGGGUGUUUUGAAGCCAUUAAUAAGAUCACUGAAAAAUUCGGAUGCUUCAGAAAGUUCAACUCAUAUGAUCCUGAAUAUUCUUGGCCGGAUAUUAGAUCCCAGCAAAGAAAUGAAAUCAAAGUUUUUUGAUGCACCAGUCAAUGGAUCUAAAAAGGGAUGGAACGAAGCUGGAACUUCCAACUCAAAUUUGACUUUCAGCUCGCAAACCAUUCAAGAGGGGGACGUAUCAGACUCGACGUUUUUAACCCGCCUUAUCGAAAUCUUGAAAGCUUCUCCUCCAGUUUUGCAAACAAAAGCAGCUUCCAUACUUGAAUUCUUGACGGCAUUCGAGAGUUGCAGAGAGAAAAUCAUCUCACUUGAUAUGGAAUCGGCUUUAGAUUCCGUUUUCAGGCACAAGUUCUUCAAUGGCAAAGAAGACACGGAAUCCGAAACUGAUUUUCAGGAAAUCGAACUUCAAACCCUAGAAAUCGAAGAAGCUGGCCUUGCUGUUUCCGCAACAUCUCGUCUACUCACACGUCUGCUCGAUUCCGAACAUUUCCGAAAAACCAUAAACGCAUCCCGACUCACCAACGCCCUCCGUAACGUCCUCACCUCGAGAAUCCCGCUUCAAAACAAGGAUUGGGUUGCCGCGUGUCUCGUCAAACUCAACUCUCUCUCGGGCCCCACCGAACUCGGGUCAGAAAACCCGAUUAACACAGAGGUUAUCCUCUACGAGACGAUCCCGAGACUCAUAGAACAAAUCAAGGAUUCUUACUCGCUUGAAGAACGUGAAACUGCGGUUUUAGAACUUAACCGGAUAAUCUCUGAAGGGGUUGUGGAUUCUACUCGGGCUGUUGCGGCUCAAGGCGGGAUUUUUCCGUUGGUGAAGUUGAUUGAGGAAGGAAAUGACAGAGUGGUUGAAGCCGGUUUGGCGAUACUGUAUAAUCUAAGUAUGGAUGUCGAGAACCACCCGGCUAUUGUGGCGGCAGGGGCGGUGCCGACGCUUAGGAGGAUUGUGCUUUCGGAGAGGCCGCAGUGGGUCCGAGCUCUUCAUCUGCUUAGAACAUUGCCUACUUGAAACAGUUGAAAGAGUUCAUGUGUAAACCAAGUAAAUUAGAGAGAGUUUUUUUCAGACAUUAUUUAUAUACCAUAUUGAAUUAUUGGUGGUCUUUACUUUAGCUCCUAUGCUUAGUGGUGGAGAAUUUGGUAUACAAUUAAGUUUCAUUGGUA